GUACAGAAUUUAAAUGAAAUUGAUACUUUGGAAGACAGAGAGUUUGGAGAGUUGUUAAAUGGAUCCAGCCUAUGUGUCAGAUGAAGAUAUGGAGUAUAAUUCUGUGAGUUCUAAUGAGACCGAUGCCCAUCAAGACCCUCACGAACCCUUUAUCUUCAAUAAGCUCCUAUACGACAACAAAAAGUCCUCAGUUAGCCCUCAAGAGAUUCACGAUAAAUUUGAUCUCGAUAAACCCUCUGAAGCUACAGAUUUCAUUGCAAGAAAAUCCACAGCUGAUACCAGAAGCCAAAGCCUUGAAGCAAAUGCAAGCGACACAGAAAUGGAGGAUAUAUCUCCUAAUGAACCCACCUGGAGUGACCAGAGCAUCCCCCAUGCAGGCAGUCAAACACAGGAUACGAAUGACCACACUAUGUCUUCUUCUGAAGAGAUACCUCCAGGCUUAAAGGUCAAUAUGGCUGUCUCCCCUGCUAGCAUGGAAGAAGAGAAGGGAGUUCCAGUCAGAGGCCAAACAGGGGGAGCACAAAAGCCGAAAUCCAAAAAUACUUUGGUCAAGAGUAUGGUUAGAAAAGAAAUCAAUAAAUUAAGAAGUGAUCUGAUUCAAGAGCAAUUUAAAGCUAAUAUCAAGAUCAUCAAAGAGGAUCAACUUGAUUUAACGAGGAUUAAUGACCUGGUUGGAAAAUUCUCUAUUGAGCUUUGUCAAACUCUUGACAGAGCUAUAGAAGCGAAAUCUCAAUACCUCCAUAAAUAUCUUGAUGAUCUUGGUAUAACAGCUGAAGAAUUUGAAGGAGGUAAUUUAAGCUUCUUUGGUGAGCAUUUGCUGACUUCUGAUUUAGAGAUGACAGAAGAAGAGAAACAUGAGUUAGUGAUCAAAUUGAUCUCUAAGAUGCUUUCCACUGAGCUAUCAAACAAAAUUAUCAACAAUGUUGUGAGUUCUGGGUCAGAGCAUUUGAGUUGUAACCUGACCUUCCACUUAUGCUUAAUGAAGAAACUCUCAGAUUACAAGCGCGACAGAUCUGAUCAAUGUAUUGAGGAUCUGAAGCAAGGCUUUAUCUCUUUCUUCCUCCAAAAUUACUCUAUCAAUCGUGAAUUUUACGAGGAAAAGAUAAAUUCUUUGCUUGAAAUUCUGAAGUUACCACCUUGGGAAGCCAAUCUCCCACCUUUAAAGUAGAAGACUUUCUACUUAAAAUACUCCAAUACGUUCA